GCUCCUCCCGGGGCUGCCACCACGGCUGCGGCAGACGGGCCGGGGACCGGCCAAACCCGAACGGACGACGGAGGCGCUCGGGCUGACUAGAGUUGUGAAGCUGACGUUUCUUCCAUUCCUAGCUGGAACCUUGGGCCCCCAUUUCCGGGCUUUGAGCAAUCUCCCAAGUAGGAAGAUACGACGCAUGAGAACUCGCUCCAAAAUAAGAGGAGCUGGAGUGCAGAGCCUGCACUUCUCCACCCACUCCAGAUCCAGGAGGAGACAAACACCUGUGGCUGGCGAGGGGAGCCUUUAAUGAAGACGAGUUGCUGCGCUGGGCUGCUACUCCUGCUCCUUGGUGUGCGGAGGGGGCAGGUAAAGCUCCUGUCCCCGCCCUCUUCCUUGCAGAAGCCUGAGACAACACCAAGGCAUUCCUGGAUCCUGAGCUCCCUGACCUGCAGGUCAGCCUGUGAGGACAUCAUCUCUGGGUCCCGGAUCCUAAUGGCAGCCGAGCCACUGACUGAGCUGGAGGCCGCCAUCGAGACAGUGGUCACCACCUUCUUCACCUUUGCAGGGCGGGAAGGCCGGAAGGGCAGCCUCAGCAUCAAUGAGUUUCAGGAGCUGGUCACCCAGCAGUUGCCUCAUCUGCUUAAGGAUGUGGGCUCCCUGGAUGAAAAGAUGAAGAGCUUGGAUGUGAAUCAGGACUCAGAGCUCAAGUUCAAUGAGUACUGGAGACUGAUUGGCGAGUUGGCCAAGGAAAUCAGGAAGGAGAAGGCCCUGGAGAUCCGGAAGAAGUAAAGCACCUGCUUGGCUGGGCAGGGCCAGGCAGAACCCACAACCCCCAAAUAAAGCUUCUGUCUUGAGACAAAUGUUUCUCA